AAAUGGCCAAGCAAACCCCUUCUUCUGGUUUUCUUCAUCGAUCUCGAUUUCUCUUUCUCUCUUCGCUGGUUUGCUUGUCGUCGCGCUGUGAACCCUAGAAAUCAUCCAGGAAUCGAUCGAUCUUUUUCCAGAAGAUCCGGAGCCUUCUGUUUAUAGAUCACGGGUUUUGGCAGGGCGAUUUGUGAAAGUUCUAGGGUUCUUGGGCUGUAAUCUUGUGAUUUGGGUUCAAACGAGGGUUUCUUGUUGGUUGUUUGAGUGGAAAUCGAGGGUUCUGAUCUCAUGAGAAUUGUUAGGGGAAUGCAGAAACUGUUGGUGUCGAAGGAGCAGCAGGUGGUGCUGUGCUGGAAGGAGUCAUUCAGCCAAGGGAUCGGUGUCAGUUGUCCGAAGGUCAGAACUCGGGACAAACUGAUCUUUUGGGGUUAUUCAAGCCUUUGAGUUGGGGAAAGGGUGGCGGAAUAAAGGGAUUGGAGGGGUUUGAGGGUUCUUUAGGACAAGAUGACAAGGAUAUUGGUCCAACGAGGUGGCUCGGGUGCUGCGGCGUCAUCAUCAAAUCCCAAUCGGCAGCCCCCGGGUUCCCAGCAGCAACCGCCUGCUCCUUCGAAGGAGGAGGAACAAGAAAGAGAAUUUCUUCCAGACUCUAGUGGCCUUGAUACCCUAGUCCAACACCCUGCAGGUGCUGAAGAGAUUCUUAUUGAAGGCUCACAAUCACAAGCAACUGCUGUGCAAUCCGGUUCUGAGGAUGCAGAGAAGGGGGGAUCCUGCGAUGAUGAAGGUAAUGAAAACGCCAUUUUAACAACAGAACUGACUGGAUGCCAAAACGGAGAUUGCUCUGAAGUUAUUAAUGAUCCUGUUGGAUCGGGUAUUGGCUCUUCACCUAUUGUCACCGGUGGUUCAUACCCACCUCCUCCUCCUGUUCCACCUCCCAAACCAUCUGCAGUUUCUUCAUCAAGGAGAGUGGUGACAGAAAGUUCAAAUGCUGGCAGGAUUGGUGCUACUGCUUCUAGGAGGCCUUCAACUUGGCCUUUGGUACCUGCCCGGUCCUCACCCACAGGUUCUAGGCCAUCUUCUCCAAGGGCUUAUGGUGACGGUGAUGGUUAUAACAGCUCAGAUGAACAUAACACUUGUUUUGUAUUCUCGUAUGAUGAUAUGGAAAGAGAACGACUGUUUGAACUUGAAAUUAGAAGAGUAAAAGGGUUGGAAGUCAAAAGGAUGAUUGGGGAUGGGAAUUGCUUGUUCCGUGCUGUUGCAGAUCAAGUUUAUGGUGAUCCUGAAGAAUAUGAUACAGCCAGACAAAUGUGCGUCGAUUAUAUGGAAAGGGAGAGGGAUCAUUUUUCACAAUUUAUCACUGAAGGCUUCACAUCUUAUUGCAAGAGAAAAAGGCGAGACAAGGCGUAUGGGAACAAUGCAGAAAUCCAAGCCUUUUCUGAGAUGUACAAUCGUCCAAUCCAUAUUUAUUCUUACAGCACAGAACCCAUCAAUAUCUUUCAUGGUAACUACACUACAGACACACCUCCUAUAAGACUAAGUUUUCAUCAAGGCAAUCACUACAAUUCUCUUUUUGAUCCACGCCGAGAGACAAUUGGAGCUGGUCUUGGAUUUAACACUCUUCGUGGGGGAAACAUUGAUAAAGAUCAGGUGAAGGCUGCUAUAAAAGCUCAUCAAGACCAACAGAUUGACAACGCUCUCCUGGCUGAGGCAAGGAUUUACUCAGAUGUGGAGUUAACAGAGAAGGAAAUUGAGCGGAUGGUGAUGGAAGCUUCACGGGCUGAAUAUCUAGCUGAAGACAGACUGAGACAGCAGCUUCUCAGCAGUGAGACUUCUACUUCUGGCGCUGAACCAUCAUCUUCUGGGGCAAGGACAGGGCCAUCUGGUAGCCAUCGAGUGCAGGAGAGAGCAUUACCUUCUGACACCGUGCUGAGCGGUAGCAUGCAGACAUUGUUGGCCAUGGGAUUUGGUUAUCUGCAGGUCAUUGAAGCAUAUACCAUCUUUGGUGAGGACGUUGACUCCAUGAUCUGCUAUCUGUUGGAGAUGGAGAGCAGCAGGGCUCCGAGCGGCAGCAGUCAGCGCAAAGGGAAGGCCGCGGAGUGAAAAAUGAUGAUACUCUCUCUCACUCUCUCUCUUUCUUGUAGCUAUAUAUGAAUUUGAUGAAGACGAAAGCGGACAGACAUUCUCUUGCGGUAUAGUUUAUACAUCAUCUUCAGGCAUCUCUGAAUUGUUACUUAUCAGAACCCGACUUCAAUAAUUGCUUAAGAUGUAAUAGUCUUCAAUGGAUACAGACAGACCUUGUUCCACACAUUUUAAAACCUCCAUUGUUAUUGCAGUGGGUGAGCUCUUUAUAUCUUAAUCCAUUUUAACAUAA